AGUAUAAGGUUGGUUGCAUUUCUCGCGCGUAAGUUUCGCGCUCAUAUUGACGAAGUGUGUGGGUUGUUUGUAAACUGAUGAAUUAAUAACGGCUGUAAUUUGGUAUUGAGGUGAAAUUUACAGCUAGAAGAUGAGAAAUGUGACUCAACCCUCACUGAUUUGCCAGCGACAGACCGGUUUAAGGGCUUCUGUCGGUUAUGACUUCGCUAUUAAGCGUUUGAAGUGCUAUGAAACAGGAGACUCUAGAGGCUCUUCUGCUGUUGUACCUCCUACAUUUGCCUGCAGAUUUUGUGGUGUAACUAACUAUGAGUAUCUUCUGGCAUUGGCAGAUGAAGAUGGAAAGAUUGCUAUCCAGAACACAAGACUCAAAUCCAAGAGUAAUCUGAUGGAAGGAUCACAAGCCCACAAUAACGCAAUAUUUGACGUUGCUUGGAUGGAUGGGGAAUUCAAAUUGGUUAGUGUAUCUGGAGACCACACUGCAGUUCUCUGGGAUGUUUCCAACUCUCAGAUGAAGGAAAUUGGGAAAUUUGAGUCUCACACUCGCAGUGUUAAGACAGUAACUUUCAAGCCAAAGGACAAAGCAAUUUUUGCUACUGGAGGAAGAGAUGGAAUGAUCAUGAUAUGGGAUGCACGCACAGCCAGUGGAUCUCGUCAGUGUAAACCUGAUAAUUACAUAUCAAAUAGCCAUCAUCUACCAGGUCUUGCAGCAGGUACUGCUUCAAAAUGUCGGAGGACUAAGUGUCUCCAGCCAUCACGUGCAAAUAGUGUCACAGGACUUGUAUUUCAAGACGAAAAUACAUUAAUAUCAUGUGGAGCUGGAGAUGGACAAAUAAAAAUUUGGGAUUUACGAAAGAAUUAUUCAGCAUAUAAGAGGGAUCCUUUACCAAAACUACAUUUACCGUAUGCUGGAGGAACAUCAAAAAAUGGAUUUACAGAUCUGCUGCUUGAUCCUGGCAAUGUGAGACUAUAUGCGAGUUGCAUGGAUAACACAGUUUACUGCUACAAUGUUUCUACUUAUGAGAAACAACCAGUUUCAACAUACUCUGGGCAUGAAACAGGUUCAUUUUAUGUUAGAACUUGCUUAAGUCCAGAUGGCCAAUAUCUUGUAAGUGGCUCUAGUGAUGAAAAGGCUUAUAUUUGGAAUACCAGCCAGCCUGGUAGACCAGUGACAACACUGGCUGGACACUACUUAGAAGUUACAUGUGUUGCAUGGUGUCCUGUUGGUGAUAUACAGAUUGUAACGUGCUCAGAUGAUGCGCAUGUCCGUUAUUGGGAAGUUGGUAAUGAAUACGAAGAGUACAAUGAAGUGGAGAUUCGAGGGUGGGCAGAAGACAUUGUUUCUCCAGGCCUGGUUCCAAGGCAAAAGCUUAGAGGUGUUGCAGAAAAAAUUGUGGGGCCCACAUUUCACCAGGCACAAAACAUUGUGGCCACUUUGGAAACAACACCCAGAUCCCACAAAAAAUACAUCUUCAAUCAUCAGAGAACACCAGUUGUAUCAGAUAUGCAAACACCAGAGUUGGAGGAAUGCCAGAGUUGUAACAGUGGCAAACUGGUAACACCCUGUUCAAAAUGCUUAUCUGCAAAGGAUAGAACUACAUCCAUUAGAGAGAGACAUUCAUUGAAAAGGCGCUUGGAAGAUAUGAUGGAAGAUGAUGACUCACAGGGCUCAACAAAUAAGAAGCGAUCAGUUUUAUCUCCAAUUAAAGAAAACAAUGGGGAAAUGUUGGAGAGAACACCUAGUGAUUCCAGAGGUGCAAGGAGACUUUUCAGUCCUGGAGAGAAAAGUAUUGAUAGGAAAGAAGACAACAACCCCGGCUUUUGUAAUUCACGAUCUUUGUUCUCCUCUCCAACAGACAAACUCCCCAAUUAUGUUGUGGAUGGGACAUCUCCACACCACUUUUGCAACCGGAGUCCACUACAAAAGGAAAAUAUUGACUGGUUAACUAAAUUGCAGAAAGAAAAACCGUGUGUUCUAAAGGCAGCUGUUGUGUCAUCACAUUAUACACCCAAGAGACGUAAACGGUCUGGGUCAGUGGCUGAUGGCAGCAUACUCAAAUUUUUCCGCGUAUCAGGAAAAGCAAAUAGUGAACAGUCAAUUUUCUCUAAUAUCUCUGUGCACUCAGAUGAGUAUGAAAAGUAAAGUCUCUCUCUCUCUCUCUCUGUGUGUGUGUGUGUGUGUGGUGUGUGUGUGUGUGUGUGUGUGUGUGUGUGUCAAGGAUGAGGAUGAACUGAAUUUAAUGCAAGAGAGAUUGGAAGUAAUUUAUAUGUACAUGUAAGUUGACUAAAGGAAUAUCUCCUGCCAGUUUGACUAAGUAAAAUGUGAUCAGUUUUAUGUAUUUAUAAAAAUAAUUUUAGUUUUGUUAGAUUAUGUUGAGUGGUAGUGCAUAGACCUAUAGAUACACAUAAUAGAUUUGAUCUGUUACACAGAUUCUGAAGGUGAUCUGUGCACUAGAUCAAUACUUAUUAUAAAAAUAGAAGACAGACAGACAGACAGAUUCAUUUCACUAACAAUAGUUAGUGGUUACCAAAGAGUUCAUCACAUCUUUGAUUAUGAAAGCUUGGAACUAGAUUUCAGGUUUUCAGACUUUUGAAUAAUUGCGUUUUACUCGCCUGCAGACUCUCCAUAUAGGAAAAAAUCAGCUUUUGUUUAAGUUGAAUGUUCUCUCAUUUCCUGUCUGCAUUCUCACAGCUGUAUAAACAUUACUGUAUGUGUACAUGUUGUGAUAUGAAAUCUAUCAUUUGGAUUUUCAAGGAAAUAGAAGAGCUGACAAUAUGUAUAUAUGUGUAUAUAUACUGAGAUUUUGUCUACAGCAAUGCAAUGACUGAAAUAAAUGCUUGUUGAAGUAAAUGCAACCUGUAACACACAAUAUUUUCACAUGUUUCAUCAUCAUUUACCAUCAGUCUAAUGUCAUGCCUUCCAGUUAUACAGCAAAGCUGUAUCUCUCAGUGUUUUUUGUAGAAUGUCCAAUCCACACACGGAGUAUUUUUGUGGACUAAGCACGUAACUCUAAGAACAACAAAAUUUUGGAGGUUAUUCAUGGAUAUGACUUGUGGGCUUUGGUGGCUCAUUACAGAGUAAUAAUGCAAUUAUGCUUUAUUUGGUUAUUAUUCCAAUUAUCUUUGUUUCUGUGAAAAGACCUCCAUAUCAGUGAAAAAGUAUGUAAUAUGCUGUUAACAAAAUGUAUAACACAGAACUAUUGAAAAGUACUGUUUACAGAAACUGUGCCACUCAUCCAUUGAAUUCAUUGAACCGAUACGUGUGUGUGUGUGGCGGGGACAGAACUGAUUCGAAUAAUUGCGAGCUUGACGUUGAAGAGAAAUGGUAAUUGCUGUUGUGAACAGGAAGUACUGCACCAUGAUUGAAUGCAACAAGUUUGUUUCUGACCAAGAGGAACAGUACAUACCAUUGACAUUCGUGCAGAUGUUUUCAGUGCAUUACAGACACAAAGAUAACUGUAGUAAAAAACCAAGUAAAGUUUAGUUGCUCUGGAACGAGUAUCCUGUGGAAACCAUUGGUACUUUAUACACAAAAAAAAAAAAAAAAAAAAAAAAAAAGAAGAAAAUCCUAAACGACCUCCAAAAUUUUGUCAUAGUUUAGACCUGCACACUCCCAGAUAUUAACCAACUUCUUACAUUCCUCAUAAAUACCAUCAUAAAAUUAAUUCAGUACAAACAUUUGAUGUAACCACUUCGUAACAGGAGGCUAGAGCAGGCUGUUCUGUGGAAUUAAUAAGAAUAUGGCAAAGUGAUUGGCACACCCAGUUUAUGCCUUUUGCUCUAGGAGUCUGUGAGCAUUGGAAAAUUUAUGGCAGAGGGAUAGUCUUUCAUGCACUCAACAACUCUAAAUACUUUAUUGGUAAAAUAAUUCUUAACACCAUAACUGUGUGUGGCAUAAGUGACAUAAAUGAGAGUUGUAUACUUGAGUAGUUUGUGCUUAUAUCACAAUGUCAAAUGCAAGUCACAGCAUCAUGUAGUUUUUUAUGCAAUUCUAGGUAACACUGACAAUCGAAGGCUGCCUGAGCAUGGGUGAAUUAAUGUAUUAAUUAUGGCUACACACGGUAUCUCAAAAGAAAGUUUAUAUUUGAUGUGUCGAAAUAAAAUGGAUGUUGAAGUCCAUCGUCAAAAUCCUUAUUUGUUAUUGAAAUAUACAGUUUAGGAAUUUACUUCUUCACUUAAGCAAACUGCAGCAUGCCUACGGUACUCAUUUAAAUGAUGAAAAAAAACUUUGCAUGAUGGCUCAACAUGUAGACACCAGAAUUGUUGUCACUUCACUACAGAUGUUUCCUGUCAAUUGCUCCAGAGAAGUUGGAAUACUGACAUAAAUGUUAGAUUUAACGUAUCCCCAUUGGGGUGGGGGAAAUCAAUGGGCUCAAAUCUGGACUGCUUCAGGGUCAUUACCCCUCUUGAAAAUAAAUUUGCCAAGGAUAAUUUCAAGAACUCGCAUUAGACAUUUGUGCUGAGUCUCCAUCUUUGCUGAAACCAUGUUCUUUGGUUAUAAGCAGGAAUGUUCUACAAUUCAGGCACCAGAAAUUCAGCUAAUAUCGUCAAACAGUGUUCCAAAUUCAUGUAACUGCACAUCUGCUCUCGUCUUGUUACUUUUGGCGAAUGCAGGAGUUUCUCUUGCUUAUGAGUAGGAUUCAUUGCACUCCAUUAGUGUUAAAUGAAGGGCACUCGGUCACAUAACGAACUGCAGCCUAUGUCUGGCAUCCUGUGGCUUUAAUUCUUGCUCAGUUGGAUAUUGUAAGGAUGCAGUUUAAGGAAUUUUUGCAGAAUUUGGGGCAGUGAUGUUCUCUACACUUUUAAAGAACUUGGACACUUAACGGAUGAAGAGGUUAUGAUCAUCACGAACAGACUAAUUUACACUCCCCACAGAUUCGCUUGUUCUUAAUGACCUUGGUCGCCCGGGUGGUCUGCUCCUGAGAAGCACUCCAUAAGGACUGGAUUCCUAAAGGCCAAGCAAGCAAUGAAUGUACCCGCCACUCUCCACAGAUUUGGUGCGCAUGCACAGAGAGCUCUUAAAAUAUAAACUUUCCUUGAGACACCCGAUAUUUUCAGUCAUGGCUACCAUCCAUUAGAUAUUUACAUCUUUAUUUACCAGUUUCAAUCCUUUAUAUUGAUAAUGUUGAGACUAUUGGCAAGCAAGGGAAACUUAUUUCAGCUAUUAUGAACAAAAUCUCUGAUUAAUUAACAAAUAACCAAAUAUAGCUGAGCACCCUUUUCUCAAUUUCUGUUGCAGCUUGUGUGUGCAAAUGGUGCUUUUUGGAUAACAUGUGUAGUUGUCAAUAUGUAUUGUAAUGUUUAAUAUUUUAAAUAAAAUAAAAAGAUAAUCAACCUCUAUCAGUGAAGUUUGAAUACUUAACAGCUAAUUUCAGAAGGCUAGCUAUCAUCAUCUGCCUGUUCAGCCUGGAGAAAUGCAGUAACUACUUUAAGAUUAACGUAAUUUAAUUAAUAUAAAGUGCUAUAAAGACAAAAAAUAGACCAGGCUUCAUUAUAAGAAAGUCAUUAACAAUAUUUCUGUAAAGUUGAAUCGAGGUCAACAUUUAAAGAAACUGAGGAGAAUGUUUCUCUUAAAACUCAGCCAGCAUAAAUACAACGGGAUUAAUAAAAUAAGAAACGUAAACCAAAGUAAGUAACCAUACAUUUCCAGAGGUUUUGAGUCCCUUCAUGCAAUCUACUAGCAGCAAAGCCAUAAAAAUCCAUUACUACACAGUUGAUAAAUAGUGUGCAUAAUUGCUUGCUCCUCUGUUUCGUGUGUGUAUAAGAUCGAACAGAGAAAGAAGCCAGGUUCACUCUUCAUUGGAGAGUGGCCUCCUUCCUAUCAUCAUAAUGGAUCCUGUCCAACCAUAGCAAAUCUAGCUCUCUCUUCAUUUUGCAGAAAAAGUAAAUUUUCCCAAAGUUGAGUUAUAGUUUCUUUU